UCGAUUCCCGUGUUGGUGUAUUCGAUUGCUGUGUUUGUGAUGGCGGCUUACAGAGGUGGUGGUGGUUGUGGUGGAGGUGGUUGUGGUGGUGGAGGUGGUGGUGGUGAUAGCAGGCGGGAGCUGGCCGAGCUGGUGAAACGGAAGCAUGAAAUUUCGGAGACUUUGGCCAACUUGGAGCGGCAGAUCUACGCGUUUGAGGGGAGCUACCUGGAGGACACUCACCUCUACGGCAACAUCAUCCGUGGCUGGGAUCGAUAUCUCUCGAGCCACAAUUACCCCAGGAGCACGCACAGCAAGAGCGAUCGCCGCAACAGGAAGUUCAAGGAGGCUGAGCGACUCUUCAGCAAAUCCUCCAUCACCUCCAUGGCGGCCAUCAGUGCGCUGGCCGGAGGAGGAAAUGACGUCAACACAAACUCCAAGGGGGAGGGGCUGGGGCCCGAGCAAGGGGCGGAGUCUCCCCUUGACCUCUCGUCCAAUCAGGGCGAGGCUGAGCGCGGUCGCCGUGGCAACGCCGGAGAGGGGGAGGGACCGACGUCAGAGCUCCCGUCACUAGGUGACGUGAAACCCCCCAAGGGCACGGCACUCCCAGCAUGCACUGGGGCGCUAGCGGGGGAGGCUCCGCCUUCAGGCCACGGCACUCACAAGAAACGCAAAGUCAAGCUGAGACACAGCCCCUCCACUCUCUACGACGUUGACUACGAGGUCGACGCAAAGUCCCACAAGAAGCCGAAAAUGGAAUAUUGAGAGAGUCCAGAGGCUCUCCUCCUCGUCCAAUCGGCAGCCUCCUCUGGGGUCACGAGGUGGUGGGGGUGGGGCGGAGCCGUCUCGACCAAUAAGAAGGCACUUCCUGGUUGAAGUGUAGUGUAUAGUGUAGUGUA